AGUAGUUUGUUUCAAAUCCACCUCUUCCUAUUCCACAGAAGCGUCGCACACAGCUAAUGAAAUUAUCAAAUACCAACAUAAUAACGUAGCCAAAAAGGGCGAACUUAACGUAUCAUGCUAAUGAAAACCGGGUUUUGUUCAUGUUUUCACUAAACUUUAACUAAACUUUGUGAGUGGUUGUGGUGGGAGCCUUAACUAACAGGCUAACUUUAGCUGUGAUGGCAGCAGCCCUUCCUUCGCAGGUCUCUGCUCCUGUUUUAUGUCAAAAGCAACGCCGGGCUGCUCUAAGGAAAGAGCGAAGAAAACGAAAACGGCAAGCUCUUGCCCAAGCCAGAGAUGUUGCAGAGUCUACACCUGAAGAAGAAAUUAAAGGUGAAGAUGAUGAGGAUAAUGGUUUUGUGGAAAAAGAAAGGCAGCAAUUACAUGAGGAGUGGUUGGAAAGAGAGAGGCUGGCUCAGGAGGAAUUCAGGCAGAAGUUUGAGAGAGAAGAAGCAGCAAGAAAAAGAAAAGAGGAGGAAGAGAGGAUGAUCAAAGAAGAAUGGGAGGCUCAGCAGUGCAGAGAACAAGAGGAAAAAGACAAGAAGCAACAGGAGAAGCGAGACAGAGAGGAAGCUGUUCAGAAAAUGUUGGAUGAAGCUGAAAAUCAGCUUGAUAAUGGAGGACUGUGGAUGAACCCUGAAGCUCCUGUAAUACAGAACUCUGAGAACUUUGGAACAGAACGCGACGUUGCUAACUGUCCUUUCUUCCUCAAAACUGGAGCAUGCCGUUUUGGAGACAGAUGUUCUCGAAAACACAUUUAUCCCACAAGCAGUCUGACUCUGAUGAUCCGUGGUAUGUUUCGAACAUUUGGCAUGGAGGAAUCACGCCGUGAUGAUUACGACAUCGAUGCUUGUUUAGAACACAGCGAGGAAGACCUGCAGGAGUCUUUUGUCGAGUUUUACCACGAUGUUCUUCCAGAGUUCAGAAGCGUUGGCAAGGUGUUGCAAUUUAAGGUCAGCUGCAAUUAUGAGCCACACCUGAGAGGAAAUGUUUACGUUCAGUUUGACACAGAGGAGCAAUGUACAGAGGCCUUCAUCAAGUUCAAUGGGAGGUGGUAUGCAGGCAGACAACUUCACUGUGAGAUAUGUCCUGUUACACGAUGGAAGAAUGCUAUAUGUGGACUGUUUGACAGGCAAAAGUGCCCCAAAGGGAAGCACUGUAACUUCCUGCAUGUAUUUCGAAACCCUGGCAAUGAAUUCUGGGAGGCUGACAGGGACCUGCACAUGUCACCAGACCGCAGUGUAAGGGGAAGUCGCAGAGAAGGGUGGCAUUCAGAGCGACAUGGUGAUUGUUUGUGGAGGCACCGUCUGUCCAGCAGGAGUCCACUAAGGUCUGAGAGAUCCCAUAGCAAACGAGGGGGAGAUAGGCAAAGUGGCAGAGAGAGAAGUCGCGAGAGGAGGUCCUCCAACCAUGAUAGAGAAGACGAACGGUCAUCCAGAAGUAGAUACAGUGCUAGGAGAAGUAGCAGAGACCGGUCCAGUAGAGGCAGAGAGCAAGACAGGUUGAGGACCAGGAGUAAAGACAGAAAACACAAUAAUAAAGACAUAGAAGAUGCCAAAAAGGGGGACAGAAGCCCAAGCAGAGAAAAGGAAAGAAACAGGCAGAGUAGAGAAAAAAGCCCUAAGAAAACAGAGAAAAACAAUAAGACUGAUAAUAACACACAUCGUCACCUCAAACGCGUCAAAAAAAGUAAGAAAAAGAGUAAGAAGCAUAAAAAGAAAAAACCUGUGCUUGAAGGGGCAACAUCAUCUGGGGAGGCAGAGGGAGAAAUGCAAGAUGAUUACACAGGGAGUCCCAAGGAAGAGAGACAUGUAACAGAAUCAUUACAGACAACUUCGGUUGAUCUAGGUAAGAGUUUUGACAUCAAGCAGUGUAGUCCAGAGGCGGAAAGUGAAAACUCAAGCACAGAAUGCCCGACUGAACCUGCUAAAAAAAGUCAAACAAAUAACUCUUAGAAGGUUCUUUAUUACAAAACUUGUAAAUUUGUCAUUUUUUCCUCAUACCCUUGUGAAUGUAAAGAAGAAACAAUGUUUUUUAUACAGAAAUGUAGUAUUCAUGAGUAGUAUGUACAUAUGUCAAUAUUUUGUUUCAUAAUAAACUUCUGAGAGCUGCAAGAAUACA